GGAAUCGGGAGUCACGAUCGCUGAUGAUGUUUUCGGGAAGACCGUGAUGACGGGUGACGUGGUCGAAGAAGAGUUUGGCGACGUCCUUGGCUUGGCAGGUGGUCGUGCAAGGGAUGAAAUGGGCGUGCUUGGUAAGGCGGCAGACAACAAUAUAGAUGCAAUCGUGACCAUGGUCGAUCGUGUGGAGACCACAAACGAAGUCCAUAAAGACAGAUUGUCAGCGGUGGGUGGGUAUGGGGACAGACUGGAGUUUGCCAGCCUUGGCUUGGUUGGAGGGAUUGACGGCUUGGCAAGUAGGGCAAGAACAGAUGUAGGCUUUGACGUCAGCAAGGAGCGAGUGUCGAUAGAGGUAACGGGAGAUAUUUUCAAAGGUUUUCUGGAAACCGAGUUGUCCGACAAUCUUGGUGUCAUGAUGCUUACCCAAGAACUGGGUACGGAGACCAUAAGCGGAAGGGAUGCAAAGUCGGCGGGUUCCUUUGGUGUCGAUGUAGAGGAGAUGGUCGAUGAGGGAGUAAUCAGGGACAUUGUUAAGGUCGUGGAGUUUGGUGUAGGUAGGGGCGAAGUCGGGGCAGGAGGCGUAGCCAUGGGUGAAAAGUUGUCGAAGAGAUUGCGGGAGGUUGACAUGAGUCAUGGCAGUGAAGACUUUCUCGGGGGGCUUGUGAUCAGAGACAAUGUGGCCAAGGUAUUCCACGAUCGAGGCGGCAAAAGUACAUUUGUUAAGCUUAGCGUUGAACUCUUGCUCACGGAGGAUGGAAAGUACCUUCUCGAUGUGCUGAAGGUGGAACUCGAAGGUGGGACUGAAGACAAGGAUGUCGUCGAGGUAGACCACGACACAGACUUCGAGGAGAUCACGGAAGAUGUGGUUCAUGGUGGACUGGAAGGUUGUUGGGGCAUUUGUGAGGCCGAAAGGCAUCACAAGGAACUCGUAAUGCCUGAAGCGAGAGCGAAAGGCGGUCUUGUGGGUAUGUUCCUUGCGAAUACGGAUCUGGUUGAAGCCACUACGGAGGUCAAUCUUGGUAAAGUAUUUGUCUCCGCGGAGGAGAUCAAGAAGCUCAAAUAUUUGGGGGAGUGGAUACUUAUUCUUGAUCGUGAUCUGGUUUAAGGCACGGUAGUUUGUGCACAUGCGGAGCUCCGGGGUGUCGCUUUUUUUUACGAAGAGACAACUUCCGAAGGGGGAUGAGCUAGGCUUAAUGAAUCCUUUUUCAAGGA